GUGUCUCUGUCUCUGUGCCAAGAAGAAGUUACUCUCAGCGUGUCUUUGAUUUCCCAGAAGAAGCGUUGAAUCUUUUUUCGUUUUUUAUUUUCCGAUUCCAUUUUGAGGAUCCUCUUUCGUUAUUCUUCUCCUUGGAUCCAUUCCCAUCUUCUUCCUAAAUCGUUGUUGUUAGCUUUCUACCAGGCUUAUGUGAGCUUGUAUGACAAGUUUCUGUAGGAGGAGGUUUUAAAGGGGUCAGAUCCAGCUUUCAGAAGAGAUUUUCUUACGGUGGUUGAGAGCUGAAAGUUUUUAAAUUUAGUCAACUUUGUUGCACAGAACCUUCUAGGAAGCUACCUCCUCAAGUACACAGGCUUACAAGCCAGUGGUUAAAGACAUGUGUCUGUAGAAGGGAUAGUCUCGAGCAAAAAAAAAGGAGAUGGCUUUCUACUCUGAGGACGACAAGAGCGAAGACUACCUCUUUAAGAUAGUUCUAAUCGGUGAUUCUGCAGUUGGGAAAUCAAAUUUGCUUGCCAGAUUUGCGAGGGAUGAGUUCUAUCCCAAUUCAAAGUCGACCAUUGGAGUAGAGUUUCAGACGCAGAAGAUGGAUAUCAACGGAAAGGAGAUCAAAGCACAGAUAUGGGACACAGCAGGUCAAGAACGCUUCAGAGCAGUCACUUCUGCGUACUACCGAGGUGCAGUUGGAGCUCUUCUGGUUUACGACAUCAGCAGACGGCAGACUUUCCACAGCAUUGGUAGAUGGCUCAACGAGCUACACACACACUCUGAUAUGAACGUUGCGACGAUCCUGGUGGGCAACAAGUCGGAUCUGAAGGACUUGAGAGAGGUCUCAACAGCAGAAGGAAAAGCCUUGGCUGAAGCACAAGGUCUUUUCUUCAUGGAGACAUCGGCUUUGGACUCAUCAAACGUGGCCGCUGCAUUUGAGACGGUUGUGAAAGAGAUAUACAACAUACUGAGCAGGAAAGUGAUGAGCUCACAGGAGCUAAACAAGCAAGAUCCUGCUUCACUCAGCAAUGGCAAGAAAGUUGUGAUUCCGUCAGAGGGGCAGGGGGAGCCCAAGAAGGGUGGAUGUUGUUCUUCUUGAUAGAAACUGAAACUGUAGAGAGCUAUAAAAAAAAGCAAGAUUAUUUUAUCAUCUGUUUUGAUUGUUUAUUUUCCACGCUGCGAUGAAUGUUGAAAUUUGGGAUGGGGCUGUGUUGUGGUGUGGAAGUGUUUAGGUGUAGCAAUCUGUAAAUUUUCUAUUGCAGAAGCUUUAUGAAACUCACACGCUACUCCCUAGAAAGUUUUCUCAUGAUGAUGAAUGAUGAUGGUCAGUCUUUCUGUUA